GCCUUAUCCGCACGCGCCACAGUGGGUUUGAGGAAGCGGAAGUUGAGUUGUUGGAAGAAACCAAGAAACUUUAGAAAAGUUUGGACGAACGUGCAGGUAUGGUGCCCAUUUCUGUCUUUGUCUUUGAUUGGCUGACAGAUUGAUAUGGAGAGUGGAGCCAUGAGGAUGAAUACCACCUCAGCUCCAGAUCCUAGAGUUCAGUCUGACUGCAGCAUGGCCAGUCUGCGACGCAAGGCUUGGGCCCAGAGCAGAGACUCAACCUGGCUAGACCAAGAGGUAGACCACAGUCAUCCCCAGGGAUCCCAGCAGGACCAGCAGCGUGUGGACACUCAGACACCACCAGAGGAACCAGGUCCAUAUAAGAUCACCAGCUGGCUCAGUGAGUGCAGGACUCCCCUCGAGCAUCUCUGGAUGAUCAGACCUUCAUCUCCCAAUAGAGGAGCGCCGAGGACCGGCUGCAGCUUUGAGGAUGACCUUUCACUGGGAGCUGAAGCCAACCACCUUCAGUCCAGUCACCGUGAAGCUGAACCUGGUUUUGGCUCCCAGGUGGAUCACAAGAGGACUCAGUACAGAGACAGUCGGCAGCAUAUGAACUCCACUGGAUCAGGGAAGAGCAGCACUGUGUCCAGUGUUUCCGAGCUGCUGGACUUGUACGAGGAGGAUCCAGAGGAAAUCCUCCUAAAUCUUGGUUUUGGUCAGGAAGAACCCCACCUAGCGUCUAAGAUUCCUUCCCGCUUCUUCAACAGCUCAUCGUCUGCGCGGGGAAUCGACAUCAAGGUUUAUUUGGGAGCACAGAUGCAGCGCAUGGAGCUGGAAAACCCAAACUACGCACUAACGAGCCGUUUUCGUCAGAUUGAGGUCCUAACGACAGUUGCUAAUGAGUUCUUCCAGCUUUACAGUCAAGUUUCUGGUCAGCCUGUCCAACGCAUCACGUCCAGGGAUCAAGGAGGAGAAGAUGGAGGAGGAGCUCCGCCUCUGAAGAAAAGCAGCUCAGCGUUAAAUGCUGCCAAACUCCUGAAAAGAUCCAUCACUAAACACAAUCUUCUGGGGGGUGCUAAUGAGUCACAAAAAAAGCCCACAGUCCAACAACACGCCCACGCUGAGCAAGGACACGCCCACGCUGAGCAAGGACACGCCCACGCUGAGCAAGGACACGCCCACGCUGAGCAAGGACACGCCCACGCUGAGCAAGGACACGCCCACGCCGAGCAUGGUCACGACACUUGCACUACCAAUUCUGACUACCAGGCAGAGACAGCCAGUCAGACAAACAUUCGAAAGAGGGACAUCUGUUCUUUGGCUACUGUUGCCGAGGAAACCGUUGGUGUUGGAGAGACAGACAGGUCAACAGACAAGAGUGCCACACCAACAUCCAGUGGGGAACCUCAGCCACAGUCAGCUGAUGUUCAGCCCAGCAGUCACACGACAGAGGAGGUGACCCUGAUCUCGUCCUCACAGAAAGCUCCUCCCACUCUGUCGCCAGCCAAACUGUGUCUCCUGCGCACUGAGAACACGGACUCCUUUGACAUGGAGGAGGUUCAGAGUAAUGAAGGUGAUGUUCUACCAGCCAGAGUCCUUGGGGACAGCGGCCUGUUGAGGACAACAAGUCAGCAGUCAGACAGCAGUGGGUUUGCAGAGGAGCCCUCCACGGACACCAGCAGCUUCCUGCAGGUACAGGAGAGCAGUGACAGCUGUGACAGUGAGACCACUGUGACAUCACACUCUUCACAAGACACAGCCACACCCCUCGCAUUGGACCAACCAGCAUUUGAGUUGCUGGUCAGCAGAGAGAAGGAGGCGGAGCCAGGUGCUACUGCCGAGGGGAGGUGUAGUUCCACGGGACGAGAGGAGCUUGGUCAGAUGUCAGAGGCAGUUCCACAUUAUUCAGUCCACCAGCUACCACUGAGAGCACCAGUGGGCUCAGAACAACACAAGGUUCAAAAUGGGCUGACCGAUCCAGAAUCAGCAGAGUCUCUCCGUACUCGGUAUCCGUCAGAGUUAUUGGAUCAGUCUGCCCCAAAACAAGAGCCUGAACAUGGCCAUAAACUGAUUAUGGAGGCUGCAGAUGCAAAUGUACCAACAGGGGGAUCAGGAGAUCCAUUCCAAGACACAGAUAGACCUGGUCUUUCUGAUCCAUCGUCUCUGGUCCUGAGUGCUCUGAACAGAGCCAAGCAGAAACUGCAGCAGGUUGACUCCAGACCUGUGGAAACAGCCCAGUUGUUGGGAAGGGGCAAAGCAAGAGGGAGUCUUCCCCUACAGCGGUCCUCCUCACUGCCCACCUCACUGCUCUCACCCUCCAGUGUGGUGUCCUCUGUCAGGAUCGAGUUUGGCCAGGGUCAGACAUCAUGUACCCCGCCCAGAUACUCCUACAAAUACUCCCAGGAGGAUGGAGACCAAGAAGAAAUCAAGGAGCGUCAAGCCAACCACCUCUCCACUCUGAUCAUAAACCCCGCCUCUUCAACUAGCAACAACGAUCAACUCACAGAACCCCCCAGCCCGCCUAGGUCUCUUCCACACUACCUGCUGCAAUCGCCUUGUACACUACAGAGCCCUGGUCCAUCACCUGAUUGGACACGUGGAGGCCACACCCCAUCCUGGAGCACCCAGAGUGUCCCAGAUGUGUCCUCCAAUCAGCAGCAGCCUCCUCACAUCCAACAAAACAUGACUGCAUUCCAAAUCCAGCAUGGGUGGAAGAUGGGACACAUGCUUCCUUAUGGUGGUACAACUCAGUCUUUAAAUCCCAGUCCCAAUCCCUGUUUUUAUCCUAAUCCUAGUUUUAACCAACAUUUUUACCCUCAAACUAGAUUUGACCCCAGUUAUCUUCACCCAUGUUUUGAGUUUAAUCCAACUAGCUUCCUUAACCCCACUCCGAAUCCUAAUUGUAGCCUUAACCACAGCCUUUACCCGAACCCAAACCGCCUAAGCCUGCAUUCCAGUCUCCCAAACAUCUUUGACCUUCAUAAUCCCUCACAGACUCGCCACUCCAGUCUGACUAGUCUCUACCCGCCUCCAGCUCCUGUAUGCCCCCAACACAGGAGUCUGUCCAACUUCCAGCAGCCCCCACCUUGUUCAGGGUCUCAGCACGUCAGUAUGGGCGCUGUGCACCCACUUCCUGGGACUCCAGUAAUGCACCAACACUGCUACAGUCAGUCACCUUACCACGCUGCCCCUCACACUUCACAUUAUGCCCCUUCCAACCUGGGUUACCAUGGAUACGCCCUGCCGCCGCACCAGGCUUUCUCCUACCCUGCUACGCAGCACCCCCUGCUGUCUCCAGAACGCUGCUCUCCCGCUCCGGGCUCCAGUCCGGGUUCUUCCAGUACUGAGAUGCAGUUGAGGAAAGUUCUGCAUGACAUCAGGGGAACAGUUCUGGGCCUGAACCAGAACAGACCGGACACACUGGCAGUGUUCAGCGAUCACAGAGCAGCUCUGCCCAGACAUCAGUCAUUGAUGGAGUUGCAGCAGAAGAGGCGGAGCCUCAGUCUGUUCCGCAGCCACAUGAUGAACCUGGAGCUGUCAAUCAUGCAACAGCAGGCACUGGUCUACAAACACCUGAGUCCUGCUGACAGGCUGGAAGCAGAACAACUUCAGUCUCUGAGGUCAGAGGUCAGAGAAGAGCUGCAGGAGCUGGAACAACAGCUGGAUGACAAACUGAUGGAGCUCACACAGAGCACGGGUCUCCACAGAGAUGGCAGUGUGGACAGUCUGUCCACCACAUCUGCUCUCAGAGCCAUGGAACCGGUGUCAGAUCUCCUUCAAGAGCAGCUCCUUCUGCAGUCGGAGCUCAGCUGCAGUGACCACGCCCCUUCCACCGGUGUCUCCUCCCAGUCCUCCAGCACAGUCAGCAAAGGAGGUGAUGGAGAGAUGAAACAAGCAGUCUAUCGGGCUUCCAUCAACAUAACCCCUGCUCCUCCUGCUCGACCCAACACUGUCACCAAGGAAGACCAGGAUGGAGCGGUGGGAGGAGUCAUGGAGAACCUGCAGGAUCUGAUCAGAGAAAUCAGAGAGAGUGUGGCGCACGAUGUCCGACAGGAAAUCUACAACGAGAUGCUGGCAGCUGUGUCGCCGAGACGAUCGCUCUUGUAGUCAUGGCAACAGCAGAGCACCUGCCACCUUUGUACCCGCCUCUGGGCGGCACCACUGUUUGUCUGUAACACUGUAGAUCUGAAACACUGCCUCUGACAAGCCCCGCCCACCUGCUCUGUCCUGAGACUGACAUGUGAAGGGCGGAGCCUCAAACUGCCAUGGGACUUUCCUGAAUGUGAUUGAGUCCAGAGAGUUGGUGUGAUGCAUGCUGGGAACGUUGGCCCCAACCAGCAGACCACGCCCCCUCGGGCACCGCUCUGAACCAAUAGCCACCAUGCAACAUUUCCUCCUCCUGUGCUGUGCUGUGAUCAAAACUACAACCAUUACUACUACUACUACUACUACUACUACUGCUGCGGCUGCUCACAGUACACGUUUACAGCUAAUUAUUGAUGAAUAAUUAAUUGUGACUUUACUGUUGUUGUGUUUGUGACAUCAGAACCGCACGCAGCAACAACAAAACUCACAUAAACUCUAACGUGACUUUAAAGUGUUGGAUCCACAGCGACACAACUCUUCGCUCUGUUCUGCUCUCGUGGUCAUCCCAACACUCAACAGUACUUUGGUGUCGGCCUUCAUGAAAUAGCUUUUUUAUGGUUUAGAAUAUUGAAUUUAUGAUGAAUUUGAACAACUUCCUGUUGCAGGAGGAUGAUUCUGAUAAAAGGUAACGUUAGUUUGAUUAAGACAGUCGCUAAUAAAUGCACUUAAAACACAAUCAUAAGCUUCUACCGUGAGCACACUACAGCAGCGUCUUUCUUUCGUUACCAUUUUUAAAUUAAAGCCAAAUGUCUUAAAUUGUGUUGUCCAAACCUUUAGAAGUCACACAACGAUUGACGAGUUCCCCUCAUCAAUAACCACUUGGUGAUCGAUUUACUGUGAUAAUGAAACGUGGUUGAUCUAUGAAAUGUUCUGAAUGUACUGAGACUCAGCAUUGAGGCACUUGGGGUCACUCGGCAUGUUUGGAUGCUCAGCAUCCGUCUGGCACUCGGGGUCACUCUGCGUGUUUGGCUCAAACUGCCAGGACAGGGUGCUGGCAGCUGUCAGUCUUCUUAGACACUUCAUUUUGGUAAAGUACAGUCUGUGAUUAUCAAGUCUAACUCAACAUUCUUGGUUAAUGACUCUUAGCAGCAUGCUCACGUGUCCAUGACGAGCAUCGGUUUGUGGCAGCAUUUUUGUGUGUAUUGUUUGUGUUGUGGGUGAUGAAUGUCAAGGGAGGAGCUUAAUGACCACGCCUUAUAUCAGUGAACACUGCCAAAUGUAGCUGUGACCUUAGUUAUGCUACAGUGCUACCAUGCUAAUGCAGCUAGUGUACUAACUGAACUUGCAUGUCAGCGUGUCACUGUCUAAUAAAUCUGUGCAAUAAUCUUAA